GUCACAUGGGAAUAUAAUUGGCCCGCAGCUUUCAAAGCUGCGUAAAGCUUCAGUCUAGACGGCACAGAUCAAAGAUGGGAGCCUACCUACGCAAACCGAAUACAGACAAGAGCUCUGAAAGCGGAGAGUAUGAAUACUGUGGCAGGAGGAUAAUGUAUGCCUCUACAGCCAUGCAGGGCUGGAGGAUUGCCAUGGAGGAUUCUCACAGUGUGGUCCCCCACUUUGAUCAAGACUCCUCCCUCUUUGCAGUGUAUGACGGUCAUGGUGGCAAAGAAGUAGCUGUGUACUGUGCCGACAAAAUGGGUGAUCUCAUUAAGUCUACGGGUGCGUACAAGGAGGGGGAUAUAGGUCAGGCCUUGAAGGACGCCUUCAUUAACUGUGACAGGCAGCUGCUACUACCAGAGAUCGCACAAGAGCUUAAAAAGAUUGCUAAUGAUGGGAAGGAAGAAGACAAAGACUCCUCUUCUGAGAAUAUCGAGGACCUCAUGACAGAAGCAAACAUGCCACUGAAGAUGCUAAUGGAGCGCUAUGGCCACGAACAAGACAGCACUGAGGCAGACAAAGAAGGUGAGGCAGGAAGUAGCAGUGAAGGGGGCGGGGUUAAGAACAUCCUUCAAAUGCUCUGCAACAAGUCUGGCAUUGACAUUGAGUUUGAUGAUUCAGACGACAGCGAAUCAGACAUUGAUCCUUCUUUAGAGCCUGAAGACUCUGACGUCACAUCAGACGAAGAUACCCCCAACCUCUCAUCACAUGACACCCCCAAUCCCGAAACUUUGUCAAAAGACAUCAAAGACACCAGCUCCCUGACCGCCCUCCUUCAAAGCCGUCUCCGUAAAUCAUCCCCUGAGGCUAGUAGUACGAUGGAACCAAUGGUAGAGGAAAGACCACCCACACCUCCCAAGCCAGCUGCUUCUGACAAGCAAGCACCCAGCAGUGAACUCUCGAAUAGUAGCCCCCCUCAAGUUAAGUCUUCUUCCAAGGACACAGAAUCGAGUGCUAAGAAGUUGGACACAGAUGCAAAAAUUAAAGAUGUGAAUAGGGAGACUGGUCCCGAGAAACCAAAAGGGUUAAAGGACUUAUUGACUGCUGGUGUUGAGGACAAGUACAAUGCUGAUGGGUUACCAGUUCAAGUGGAGGCAGGAAACGAGGACAUGAACAAGGUGGGGCGUAAGAGACCUCUCUCAGAGAGGGAUAUUCUCCUGUCUCCACAAACGUUCUGUAAGCGCCGUGAGCAGAGUGAAGAGGGGCACGAGAGUGGCACUACGGCUGUCGUGUGUCUGCUCCGAGGAGAGAAGGUCUUUGUGGCCAAUGCAGGGGACUCACGCUGCAUCCUCAGCUCCAAUGGCAAAGCGGUGGAACUAUCAUUUGACCACAAACCUACAGAUCCUCUGGAGCUGGCAAGGAUCGUCAAGGCUGGCGGGAGGGUGGGCUCUGACGGACGAGUGAAUAAAGGUCUCAACCUGUCCAGGGCCAUAGGGGACCAUUUCUACAAGCAAAAGGAGUCUCUACCUCUUGUGGAGCAGAUGAUCUCACCCCUUCCCGACAUAGAGACAGCUGCACUGGACGAGGGCUCAGAGUUCUUGAUACUCGCCUGUGAUGGAAUAUGGAACUGUAAGACCAGCCAGGAAGCAGUGGAUUAUGUGCGUGCCCGUCUCACUCUGAAGAGAGAUGAAGAAAUCAGUCAACAGGAUCUCAUAACCAUCUGUGAAGCGCUGUGUGACGAGUGUAUGGCAAAGAACACAGACAAUGACGGCACAGGCUGUGACAACAUGACCUGCAUUCUAGUACUCCUCAAGUCCAUGAACCAACUGACAUAGCAGAUAUUUUAUUUUUGGAAUUACUAUAUUAUUAGUCACGUUUCAUCUGUUUUACACACCCACUCCACUGCACUCCUUAACAAUAUUGCAAUCUCUUCCAUAAUAUAAUUAUAUCUACGUACUGCACCUUGUAUAAACUUAUUAAACAACUUUC